UGCAUUAGGCCUGUUUCAGGGUAUAAAUUUGUUUAUUCUGUUGAUCAGAAGAAGACCGCCAGGGAUAUUCUUGACCAACUUGCAUCUCAUCUUAAUAUUGAUAGGAAGCUGUUCAGAAGCUGUUGCUCGAUAUGGAUUAUUUCAGACUUACUGGAAUUACAAUUACGCGAGUCUCACGAGCCAUGGGCUGUACGUAAAAAGUGGGCUGCUCUCUUGAAAAAUUACGCUUGUGCUGACGAGAGUGAGAUUGAGAAGGAUGAACCGUUGCUGUUCUUGAAGAGGAAUAUUCAUUUGGGAGUCGAGAAGGAAAAAUGGGUGAUUAUUUCGCUUUAA